AUGGUCAAGUUGCAGUGCGAGUUCCCCGCGGCCCAACUCGCUGCGUUCCGAGACAAGCACCAGCGAUCCGUGACGCACUUCGCCGUCCUGGCGGAAGACCUGGAGCUGCUCGAGUUUGUGCUGGAAAGUGGAGCCCCGUUGGACGCUGUGGACGACUGCGGGGCCUCACCCUUGACGACCGCGCUGAUCGGCCGACACUUCCAAGCUGCGGACAUGCUGGCCACGUACGGAUGCGACGUCGACAAUGGGAACGCAGCGCUGCAGACUUCGAUGCACGUGCUGGCCACGUUUGGAGCGUUAGACGCAGUGCAGUGGCUGCUUGGCAGAGGAGCGGACAUUGAGGCGCGCGAUGCUGAUGGCAACUCGCCCCUGCAUCUGGCCGCGGCGUACUGCGCACUGCCAGUUGUAGAGCCUCGCCGACGUGGGGACACGCCGCUGAUCGACGCAGCGUUCGUGAGCCAAAGCGCAGCGCCCCAUUUCGCGUCUGGCGAUGAGAAGACGCAACUUGCAGUGGUUGGGCUGUUGCUACAGCACGGAGCUGAGGUGAACGCGGUGAAUGACGACGGCGACUCGGCGUUGUUUGGCGCCGUGCGCAAUGAAUACGACUCGGUUGUGAAGCUGCUGCUUGCCCACGGAGCCGACGCCCGCGUCCGC